AUGUCAGAGCGUCCACGAUACUUCGAGAAUACCUUAAGCCCAGUAUCGGUCAACGCAGCCACGCUCUCCGAGAGUCUCGAAGAACUCCGCAUCGCCGUUCGCAAUGGGGCCAAGUUGAUACAGGAGAAUACUUUGAUCCCGAAGGGAUGGGGCGCCAAUGGCCUAUUUAGAGAUUUGCCUGGCAUUGCGUUGGCAUUCCUACGUCUGGAUUAUCAAUUGCCAGUGCUAGAAGAUCCCACGGUUAACUCUCCCGACUACCAUAAUUACGCGCUACAAAGAAUACCGUCAAGCCUCCCGGAUACUCCUCUCCUAGCCUCCCGACUGUCUCCGAUUGGUUCAUCUUCGCCCAUGACUGCUGUCUCUCUGCGCAUUCUGGCUACUCUUGCGAAGACACAUUGGCAGAAGAAUGCCGAUGUCAGCAUCGCAAGAGAGGAUAUCACUUGUCUUCAUGAUGCCGUGCAAUUGGCUCUAAAUAACGAGCCUCUUGUUGCCCAUGAUGGCCGCAGAAUGGGCGGAGAUGAGAUGUUGUUUGGCCGAGCAGGACUACUUUGGGCCCUGUUAAAUAUUCGUGCUCAUAAUUUCGAUCAAGAGACCCAGAACCUCCUUCUACCUGUGCUGGAGACGAUCCCUGAAUUCAUCCGAGUAGUUGUUGAUGCUGGGCAACAAGGUUCCAGGGAAUACAUUGAGAAAAACGGACACAAAGACGCACAUCCAUUGAUGUAUGCGUGGGUAGAAGGAUAUUACUGUUUUGGGGCCGUCCAUGGAAUAACCGGUAUUUUGACCAUCCUACUUUCAUGUAAGCCUGGAGAGCUUACUGCUUACCUUCCUCUGAUUGGUGAUACUAUCACUGCAUUUUGCAAGACAUCCGUUGCCGCCAACGGUCAUCUUCCGAUGGCACUACCUCCAUUUGGCUCUGGGAAACGCACGGAGCUAGUUCAACUCUGCCACGGGAGCCCAGGGCUGUUAGUUCUGUUGGGAGCUGCCUUGAAGAAUGAAUGGUUGACAUGUAAUUAUUGGGAACCAAUUUGGGACCAAGCCAUACGCUUGGGCACUGAGCGUGUAUGGGAAGAAGGCCUGCUGUCCAAGGGAGGUAGUCUGUGUCACGGCGUGGCCGGCAAUGCAUGGGCAUGGCUCCUCCUUCAUGACUGCUUUGAAUACUACUCAAGCAAUCUAGACGAGGCUAGAGCCAACUUUCUUCGGCGCAAUCAAUUGUCAGCACUUCCAGAUGCGGAGGUGAGUCCCAAGCUCACUAGUGACUUCUUCCUCUCCAAGGCCCUCGCGUUUAUGUUGCAUGCACGUGAGACGAAGCCAUACAACACCUCACCUACAUCUUCCGAUAAAGAUUACCGUACGCCCGAUGAGCCUUAUUCUUUGUUUGAAGGUCUCGCGGGCAAUAUUUGCGCGUGGGCUGAUACGUGUGCGGUGCUUCGAGCCAGGAUGCGCAAGAUGGAGUUGGUUGAGCAGGGCCUAUGCCCGCCGAAAGGUUUUCCACAAGACCAAAUCUUCCGUGAUGCUUUACACAGACAGCUAGGCUGCCCAGCUUUGGGGGAAAUGGUGCAAAGGGCAUUUAUUGAACAGCCCUUCCAGCCCCCCACGUGUUUAUAUAGUUGCUUUCCCCGGUGA